AUGCGUCCCAAAUGGAAUCGAUCUGACGUUAUUUCUUCGUACUGUUCUUCCAUUCCCAUGUCUCCCUCCGCCCACCAGCUGGGUCUGCUCAUCGGCCGCUCCAGCAUCGCUUCUCAAUCGUCCUCCUCCUACUCCUCCUCUUCCGCCGCCGCCGCAUCCGGCGCCUCCCGCGAAAUCCUCUUCGCGCUCGUGCCGACGCCCGAAGCGCCAGGAGCGGCGGCGCCAGUUGCGGGCAGCAGAGAGAGGAGCGGAUCGGAUGCGAGGGAGUGGCGGCAUGUGGACGGCGACUGGGUGGCGGAACACGCGCUGCAGGUGUCACGGCUGUUGCUGGGAGGCAUGGGCGUGUUGGGGGUGUACGCCUUCUGCUCCGAUGCCGCCUAUAGCAACGCCACACCCUCCUUGCUGCAGGCCCUGCGUUCGCUUGCAGCCUCACUCUCUCCUCCCGCCUCACUCGCCGCCCUGCUGCCUCCUCCCCCCACCGACCUCAUUCUGCUGCACAUCUCCUCCUUCUCCCGCCGGUUCUCAGCACGAUCUGUUGCCACGUCAUCACCUGCCACGUCAGCUGCCAUGUCACCAUGCGACUUCAAGCUCGCUUCCAUCCCUUCACCAAUCCUCGUCUCCUCAAUACUCUCCCUCCGUGCUCAAGUUCCGGUCAUCUCCUCCCCAUCACUCCCCCCACCCUCCUCCUCUUCCUCCGCUCCUCUCUCUCCUCCUCCUCCGCCUCCCACCCUCUCGCCUGCCUCUGUGCGAGCAGCAGCAGCGAUUGCAUUCAAGCAGAUAGCCCGGCAGAUGGAUGGAGGCAUGGCGUUCCUUGAUGGCAUGAUGGUGGAAGGGGGGGACGUUGUUGGGGGAGAGAGCAACACAAAAGGAGGGGCGGGGAAGGCAGGGAAGGGUGGCGGAGGAAAGGGGGCCAAGGGGGGGAAGAAGGGGGGAGGGAGAGGGGGAAAAGGGGGAGGGGGGAAGGGAGGAGAGGAGGCGGCAUCGGAGGGAGGCAGUCAUGUGCGUGUGGACUGGGCUCUCCCACCUUCCUGGAACGUUCCUCUUCAGGACGGUAGGUUCCUUCCUUUCAUAUCCAAGAUCCUAUAUGCCAAGGACGGGCACGUGCAUGGCAUGGUGGCGCUGUCAGGCGGUGUGUUGGCGCUCUGCCUCGCCAUGCCCCGAGACCCCUUCUCCCGACUGCUGCACGAUCUCAAGGUCGAUGCUGUGCGCAGUGUGGUGAGCAGACUAGAUCUGGUGCAGGAUGGGGAGGAGGAGCAGGCAGCGCAGGGGGAGGGCCGGGGGAACGGGGAGAAAAGGGGGGAGGGAAGAGAGGCAGAUGGAGAGUAUAAUGGGAAGGCGAGGAAAUUAGGGGAGGAGGAGGUGGAGAAGGUGGAGGAGGAGGGGGGGUUGACAGAGAGACCAUUGCUGAAUGGCAAGCUGCACAGGACGCCCUUCACCAGAUGGCACCUCCCCCGGCGGGUGCUGCUGCGCUGCUCUGUGGCUGGGGGAGGGGGGAGGCAGGGGGAAAGUGAGGGGGAGGAGGAAGCGGAAGGGGAAGGGGGCUUGCUUCUGGCCGACUACUGUGAAUCGGGGGAAGGGGUGGAGGCAGCAGAGGAGCGAUGUAGCGAGCUAUGUGGGAUGGCGGCAGUGGCAGACGAGGCAGUGAGGGAGCAGGGCGUUGGGGUGGAAUGGGAGGGGCAGGUGGAGGGAGAGGAGGAGCAGAGUGGCAUGGAGGGCAGUGGUGCACGUGCUGCUGUGUGGCUCCCCCCCGGAACCGCACCUGCCAAGCCACACAGCAGCACCCGCCCUGGCGACUCUGGCAGCAGUGAUAUGAUUGCCUUGAAGGCAGGGGUGGGAGAGAAGGGUUCAGCAGGCAGGGCUGUUUCGCUGUUGUUGGCUGUACUGGGGGUGCUACUGGCUCUUCUUGCUGCACUCGUGCUUGCUCUCAAAUGA